AUUCACGCCGGGGAAUACUGCAAUAUCUGAUGCUCGCUGGAUCGAGUCGCAAUACCAGUCUCUCUAGGGUCGUCGUAUGCAGCUGUUCUCGACAGGAGUCUAUCUCGGAGAUGAUGCGCUCGAUGUCUGUUGCUGUCUCAUAAUCAUAGCAGACAUAAAUACACUGUACUGGUUGUGGUCCGGCCCAUUUUUCUUCCUGGUACUAAAGAUCGCCGUAAUGUGGAAGGGCGCUCAAGACGAUUUUAGCAUCAUUGGGGCCGUCUUGCGGUUGGUUUACCUCGCGGUAUAUCUGAACAGGGCUGUCAGUUCCUCAGCAUGAGUCUGCAGGGCAGCUGGAACGUUUGCUUUGCUUAACACUCAGACACGUGAAAUUUCGGACUGCGUGUUCGGCUAACGAAAUGAGAUAUGCCUAUUAAAUUAUGAAAUUCAUGCUUGAGAUUCGUCCAGACCGGUAU